AUUCUUUGUUAAGUUUCCUGAUAUAUAUAUACAUAUUGAUAGCACUACGAAAGAUAGGUGGUACCUUGACAACAACAAACCCCAUUGAGUAAGAACAGAAAAUAUAUUUAUUUUUUUAAAAGAUGGGAAGAGCACCGUGCUGUGAUAAGACGGUGGUGAAGAAAGGGCCAUGGUCACCGGAGGAAGACGCCAUGCUUAAAUCCUACAUUGAAAAACAUGGCACCGGCAACAAUUGGAUUGCCCUCCCUCACAAAAUCGGGAUCAAGAGAUGUGGGAAGAGUUGUCGUUUGAGAUGGCUUAAUUACUUGAGGCCUAACAUAAAGCAUGGAAGCUUCACUGAUGAAGAAGAUUACAUCAUUUGCAGCCUAUACAUUACAAUUGGAAGCAGGUGGUCUAUCAUUGCUUCACAAUUACCAGGAAGAACAGACAAUGAUAUCAAAAACUAUUGGAACACAAGGCUUAAAAAGAAGCUAUUAAGCAAGCAAGGGAAGGCAAUUCAUCAACAACUUAGUCUCAGACUCGAGCCGGAAACAACAUCGAAAAGAUCAUCAUUUAGUCAAAACCAGAUCCUAAUGUUUCAUGAUGAGAACGCGAAACCGCCGUUGCACCAAACCUUACACAACCAAAUGGUGGAUCCAUCAAUAACAUCCUUCGCCAUGGAAGAAAAAAGAAUGGUUCCGGUAUUGGAAUCAUUUUCUUGGGAACAAAACAAGGUUUGGCUUGAUAUUGAUCAUGAUGCAGCUUCGUCUUCUUAUCAUCAUCACGCAUCCCCACACUUGAACUCCAUGACCACUAGUAGUAGUAGCAUUUGUACUAAUUCACCUCUACAAAUGUCCCACUACACAAUAAAUGACAAUGAUCAUGGUGAUCAAGAGAUGUUCUUCAUGGCCGGGUUGGAGAAUCUUCAAGACGAGCUAUUCGAUGAGAUAAUCAAUAACAACACGACAGAAUUCGAGUUUCGUGGAACGGAGACGCUAAACAAUAACUGCUUGGGUCAUGAAAUCAACUCCUUCAUUGAUUGUCCUCUAAAAGAUAAUUAGUAGAUGAUCGAUUAAUCAUUAAUUAGAUACUGAAUAUUAUAUAUCUUAUUUGUUUUUUUUGUUUUUUUUUUUUUGAAAAAAAUAUCUUAUUUGUUUACGUGUUAUCUUUUAAGAUGUUGAAGGUAUGGAACAAUAAAACCCUAGUGUGUGUAACACAUUUUUUGUUUGCCUUU